UUCUAUUUAUUGAGGUCCUCGGCCAACGCCUUUUUUAUCACGAAGUUUUGAGUCUUAUCGGCUUUCUUCUCGACUUUCCUCCCGUUUCUCUUCGAUUUUCAGUUCAGAGACAAAUCAUCUAAGCAUCAACUAGCACCGUCCGUCCACGCUUUUUUUCAAUCCUUACUUUCAAGUUCAUGUCUGAACUAGACGCCCAGAUCCCAUCUGCUUUUGAUCCUUUUGCAGAGGCAAAUGCUGAUGACUCUGGUGCUGGCUCAAAGGAGUAUGUGCAUGUGCGCAUACAACAGCGCAACGGCAGGAAGAGUCUGACUACUGUCCAAGGAUUGAAGAAAGAGUUUAGCUACAGCAAGAUUCUUAAAGAUCUUAAGAGAGAGUUUUGCUGCAAUGGUACUGUCGUCCAGGAUCCAGAGCUUGGGUCAGGUCAUCCAACUUCAAGGUGAUCAGCGGAAGAAUGUCUCAAACUUCCUUAUCCAGGCAGGGAUUGUGAAGAAGGAAUCCAUUAAAAUUCACGGCUUCUGAGCUCCUGUGUCUGCCAGGAAAGCCAAGUGCUUGUGCUACUGCAUUAGAAAAGCUUAUUCUGUUUGGUUUGUACUGAAACUGUGAAGGGUUAUGCUGCAUAGCCCAAGGUCCCAGAUAUUCUCAUGGCUUAUUAUUUGUAUGAUCUUAUUAUUACUAUGGAAAACAUUUGCUGUAUGGUCACUUUGACUGCUGAUUAUGUCUCAAUUAUGUUUGCUAAUCUAAAGCAUGGUUUUUUA